AUGUGUGACCAGCAGAAGCAGCCACAGUUCCUUCCAUCUUGUGUGAAGGGUUCCGGAAUGGGAGUAGGGCAAGGUAGUGAUGGUGCCUCUGGGAAAGGCCAGGUUUCAGGCCAGAUCCAAACUGUUGGUGCUCCAGGGCCUGCUUCCUAUCAGCCUCAAACCAUUGUGAGAUACUCAGCUCCAGUUCCUGCUCAAACUUAUGUGAAAUACCAAGUUCCAUGCCAGACCAAAACCUACGUGAAAUGCCCAACUCCCUGCCAGACAUACGUGAAGUGUCCAGCUCCAUGCCAGACUACUUAUGUGAAAUGUCCAGCCCCAUGCCAGACUACUUAUGUAAAGUGCCCAGCCCCAUGCCAGACGACCUCCGUCAAAUGUCCAGCUCCCUGCCAGGCUCAGACAUAUUAUGUCCAGUAUCAGGUUCCUUACCAGACCUACUAUACUCAAGCUUCUUCAAGUGGUUCAGGAUCUCAGGGCUGUGUCCCUGACCCAUGCUCUGCCCCCUGUUCUACCAGCUACUGCUGUUUGGCUCCCCGUACCUUUGGGGUGAGUCCUCUGAGACGCUGGGUCCAGCGACCCCAAGGAUGGAACACAGGAUCUUCUAGCUGCUGUGAGGAUUCUGGGUGCUGCAGCUCUGGAGGCUGCGGAGGCUGUGGCUCUGGAGGCUGUGGAGGCUGCGGAGGCUGUGGCUGUGGCUGCGGCUCUGGGUGCUGCUGUUUGGGAAUUAUUCCCAUGAGGUCCAGAGGUCCUGCAUGCUGUGAUCAUGAGGAUGAUUGCUGCUGUUAA